AUGCCUCUAUCCAACCGCCGUCGCGCGCGGCGCAAGGAAAUCCAACUGCAGGAAACUUCAGAUGCGGAAGCCCCAGACUCAUCGCCCACGCGACCAUCAAACAAGAAGCGCAAGGUCGAUAAUCGCGCUUCUCCCCAUCCCGCACGGCCCGUCAAAGCAGAGUCCGCAGACGAAGCGGACGAUUCGUCCCCCGAUCAUGAGCUUUCCGAAAACCAAGAUCUAGUCGACCUCGUCAUCUCUUAUCUAGAUGUCGCUCGCGAAGAAGUUCGCGUUCUACGAGACCAUUCGAAUGCGAAGACGGAGAACAAACAGAGUAUUCGCGCAUACGCCAAGAUCGCCGGCAGAAACUGGACCUAUUACGUGAAAACCCUCCAUGUAAACAUCGGCCGCGAACCCGACCGCGAACAGAAGCUCGACGAGCAGUCGAGUCCCGUUACUAUCGCCGCGCGAGCGCUCCCCGAAGUCAACGUCGAUCUCGGUCCCAGCAAGUUCGUGUCGCGACUCCACGCGGAGAUUUUCUAUGAUGGUGAGGAAACCGCGUCCUGGCAUAUUCGCGUUAACGGUCGCAACGGGGUCCGUCUGAAUAAUGCAAUCCUCAAGCGCGGCACCGACUCGGUUCUUUCAUGCGGCGACAUCAUCGAAAUCGCCAACACACAAAUGAUGUUCGUUACCCCGGGAGACAAAGCCAACAUCCACCCCACCUUCGUCGACCGCGCACAACGCCUGGCCAACGGAGAGGAAGACCUUGCAACCUGGGACGCUUCUCAACAUGCGCAUCCGCAGUCUCAGAUAGGGUCGGGGACUCAAGGCGCUGUCCCACUGCCUGCAGCCAGCGUCCCAUCGCUGGCCCCCGCUCCGCAGUUUCUGAAGCGCCAAGUUACCCCCCCACCACGGUCCCCCGAUACUGUCGGCCUGCGCACUGCCAAACAAUCACCAUUGUAUAAUCGCGGUAUGAUGAUGGAGAGCACUGAGGAAAUCGAUUACAGCAAGGACUCCGCCAAGGACUUGAAACCCCCCUACAGCUAUGCAACGCUGAUCGCACAGGCGAUCUUCUCGAGCGAAGAAGAGAAACUCACCCUGAAUAAUAUCUACAACUGGAUCAUGGACAAGUACGCUUUCUAUCGACAUUCGCAAAGUGGUUGGCAGAAUUCGAUUCGACACAAUCUCUCUCUUAAUAAAGCAUUCCAGAAAGUUCCCCGUCGGACCGACGAGCCCGGAAAGGGGAUGAAGUGGCAGAUUGCACCUGAAUAUCGCGAGGAGUACUGGAAGAAACAGCUCCGUAAAGGCACCCAGUCCUCGGCCCCGUCGUCACCUGCAACAAAAGACCCCAGCGCCAGCCGUGCGGCCGCUGGCAACGGAAUGGAGUCUGUUUUCUCCACGAGCAAGAAAUCCCCACCCGUUUCCUCUCCCGGCUUCAGUUCGUUUCCCGUGGCACCUGUAGAAGCAUAUACUCCGGAACGAGGCUCUCGUGCAAAUCAGAACGGCCCCAUGGAAGCCCAUUCCCUGCGACCGCCAAACGCGCGGGACUAUGACGAACCGUCUCCGUUACCAAAUCGCUCCGCGACGAAACAAAGCGGUAGUGGGGCUGGACUUGGUCGAGCGUAUGGACUAUCAGACAAUGCCACUAGAUCUCCACCAGUGCUUUCAUCCUCGUAUUAUGAUGACGCACCGUCUUCGAUGAUCACGCCUGCGCCACAACGUCAACAACCGCGGUUACCACCCCCAAGCACGGCUCAAAUACCCUCCAAGUUCAUGCCCAUGAGCUCGCCGGCCCAGUUCUGGAAAUUUGCCGAUAUUGGCAGCACACCUGCACGCCCGGUCCCGGACAUGAGCCCGCUGAAGGGAGAUCCAAGAGACGGCAGCAUUCCGAGCAGCAGUCCACCGCCGCCAAACCUGGUCAGCCCGAGUAAACCGGGGACAGCUAAUGGGGUCGGAAACGGCCGCCCUCUAUCCUCGCGACGGGACGACAGCGGACAACCUGGAGCUAAUGGUGUAGAACGAGGGGGGCAUCUACACGAUGAAGACUACGAGGAGGAUGGUGGAGGAUUCGAUCUAGCAAGGUAA